UGUUGUUAGCAGCAGUAAGUACAUAAUUCAGUGUUAUUUGACGUAUUAUAAUAUAAACAUUGAAUAUUGUAUUGCUGCGCGGGUCACGUGACAAUGGGCAGUCCUGCCAUCAAAACAAACAACAUAACCUUACUGCAGAUGAGUUUAUCAGUUCGAGGGCUUUGCUGCUGUAUUUUGAGUUUGUAGUUCAUGUCGUUUAGGUUCUGUUAUUAAUCAGAAAGUGCAUUAGUAACGUCAACUGUGGACUUAAUUUCCUUCGUUCAGAGCUUUGCUUUUACUCGAAUGGAACAUGUCCAUGACAUCAGAUACGUGUUAUUUUGGCCUGCUGGAAGGGCAGGAGGAGGACAUUAAGCCUCAGGCAGCAGUGGUUAGGCGGAACCUGUUUGGCCCAGUGGACCACCAGCAGUUGCAGCAAGAUUUCCAGAGGCUAUUCUGCAUGAACAUGGAGGUCGCCAAACAGCGCUGGAACUUUGACUUUCAGAGGGACCAGCCAGUCCACGGCUGCAUUGAGUGGGAGGAGCUGCAGUGCCAGGAUGUGCCAGUGUUCUACCAUAGCUGUGUGGUCAGAUCUGGUAUGACAAAGCAAACAACGGUGGAUGCUUGUUCGGCUCCAUCUAUGGCCACAGAGAAAUAUCUGGAGCUACGGACCAGAGGAACUUUCAGGGGAAUCAAGCCAGAGAAGAGAAUGGCUGCACUGUUGGGGGUCAAACGCAGACAAGCAAACAUCACAGACUUUUUCAGAGUGACAAAAAGAAGGUUUCCUGAUCACAAAGCUUCAUCAGGACAGUAAACAGACAUUGAACCUUUUUUGUAUAAAUGUACAUAAAUCUCCACAUGUAGCUCUUCUAACUGACUAGCAAAGGCUUAAUAGAAUAUGUAUACUGUACAUACACACAAACACACAGAUACGUAUUGUAUACACAAAUGUGUAUGUAUAUAUGUCACUAAACACAGUACCUAUUAAAGGUACCCAUUUUAUUGUUACAACAUGGAAUCAUGAGAUUUAAAUAAAUGUAAAAAAAGUCAGAUGUCAAAUAUUCAGCUCUUAUAGUGCAUUUGAAUAAUUCGAAGCAAUUCCAGUAAUUGAAUGAGAAUUCAACUAAUGCAAAAUCAACUAAUGCAUUUCUAUUCAAAUUCAUUACUAAAUGAAAACUAAAUUAUUUUUAAUAUUUUAUAGUUCCAUGUUGUUACACAAUAAAAUCUGAAAAUGUUAGGAAUGCAUUAUAUAAAUAGUGUGAUCCUUAUUUUUUUGUUGUGCACUGAAUAUAUAAACACAAACAAUUACUGUGAACUUUAAGAGAAAUGCACUAUAAAAAGACUGUUUGGUAAUUAACUUCUCAGAUUCAAAAUUCAAAAUGCAUUGAUCCUCUUAAAUGGCAUCAGUGCACACAAUCUAUAAGCUAACAAUGUCUUACUAUUAUUAUGUUCCACUUUUAUUUAUUUGUUUUCCUGUUUUUAUAUAUUACAAAAAAGUGUAACACUUUAGUUUGAGACCAGUUCUCACUAUUAACUAGUAGCUUGUUAGCAUGCAUAUUACUAGCACAUAUUAAAUGCCUUAUUAAAGCACAUAUUAAUGACCAUACCUUAUAUCCCUUAAUCUUACCCAAUAGCUAAUCUAUGAUACUUACUAUUAAUAAGCAGCAAAUUAGGACUUUAUUGAGGCAAUAGUCAUAGUUAAUACUUAGUUAAUAGUGAGAAUUGGUACCCAAACUAAAGUAUGACCCAAAUACGGUAUGUAACCUGAGCCAUUAAUGUUUUUAUAAAGCAUAUAAAUUUGGGAGUAAAUGUAACUAGGAGACAUAAGGAAUGCUUUGACAUCUUUGAAGUUAUUAUAACAAAAUAUUUUUAAAUGGAUAUUGCCCUUAAAAUAUUGUUUGAGGAGUGUCCACCAAGUUUCUUAUGAGUGUGCAUGAGGCUCCAUCUUGCACACCUGAGGGAAAAUUGAAGAUAUGUUAAAAAGUUACCUUUGUGUCUUAACUUUGAAUCUUACAUAUAGUAUUAGCAUAUCAAUUGCAAGGACAUUUCAUGAAUCAUUUGUAUGAUACUUUUUUUAAAAUACUGCUUUCUGCAUUUGAGACACAAUGUAUGUGCUGGAUUAGCCAUAAAUUAGGUUUUUUUUAAUAUUAAUGAGGCAGCUGACUCAGUUAACCAAAGUAAUUGCUCCACAAUAAAUAGAAUGCCUUAAAGCAACUGUAUGUCAGUUUUAAGAUCAUUCUGAUGGUACACUGAUUUCUAAGAGAGCAAAUGGCUUCUGUUUCUUUCCCACAUUCCCCUUAAACAUCUCUUCAGGAGUAUGUAAUUGUGUUGAGCAGGUACAAAAUUCCACGUAAAGCGCGGAUUGCUUUACGACAACAACAAGCGCUAUCCACUGUAAUUAAGACUCACGAAGUCGCAGAAAUACACAAAACUACAUACAGUUGCUUUAAAGUCCUUUGAACAGUUGAUAGGAAGAUCAAAUCAAGCCACUUAACCAAACCCACAUGCUGAGAUGUUAAACUGCAGAAUUUGUUUUGUAGAAUUCCAAUUUCUGUUUCAACUUAAUUAAAAUAGAUACGAGAAGUUUUUUUUUUUUAGUGGUUUCAUCGCAAACACGUUAGAUAUUUCUGAUAUAUUUAGUGACUUCCUUUUAAAGCAGUCCAUUAAAUUGUAAUGUUUAUAUUAGUGCUCUACCUCAUCAAAUUACAUUGACCUUCAUUUUAUACACAUUCACAUAUGUAUAAAAAAGAAAAUAUGUAAAAUGUAGCAUUUGUUUUUACCAUGAAUGCACUUUUUUUUCUUUUUUUUUUUUUAAAGUACAACAGAAUAGCAAGGAAGUAUCUUGUGCUUCACUUAAGGUUUACAUGAUGUUGUGUGUGUGUGUACUUUGAUUUUUCCUGUUCUGUUUUUAGAACAACUUUUAAAAAUUCACGGUUGCCUUAUUCUGUGUCGUUCUAUUUGGGGGGAAAUAUUUCAAGUGCCUCUUUAUAUCACCAAUUAAAUGUAUUAUGCACUACAUAUUGUUGGAAUGAUGACAUUAGUGGCUUUUAUCCCACAGCUUCUGUUGCAGAUAUGUCAACAGUAUUCUAUUCUUUUGCAAUGUAUCUUGUGAAUUAGUAGCCAUGUAUACUGCAGUGUGAUUGAAUGUUACGUAUGUUAAAACAUGUUAAUACUAGCUGACUUAACAUUUUGAAUUAUCACUCAUAAAAUAAAUGUACAAAACAGUUUUA